CGCCUAUGCUUUCGUAUUCCAGGUGCUCCACUACUAACUCCUCCAGGAUUAUCACAAGAGUUAUGGUACAACUAGUUUUCCUCCAAACUAUACCUAAAAUAAAUCUAGAAAUGCGGAAAAUUUCACAAUUGUUUUUAUAACUGUUGACGUGAUCCAUUGUGACUGAUAUGUUGAAACUUUCAUGCCAGGUAACCUUGAGCCUCCUUAUCACUCUAUAAAAGCUACCCUCUACUCCUUCAGUACUCACAUCUCUCUCAUCUUCAAAGCUCAUCAAAACGCUCCUUAUAGUUCACAUUUUUCCUUUAAUCACUACAAAAUUCUUUUAAGUCAUCAUGGGUGUCUUCACUCAUGAAUCUCAGGAAACCUCAGUUAUUCCCCCAGCUAGGCUUUUCAAGGCCUUUAUCCUUGAUUCUGACAACCUCAUCCAAAAGGUUCUACCACAGGCCAUUAAGUCCACUGAAAUAAUUGAAGGAAAUGGAGGACCUGGAACCAUCAAGAAGAUUACCUUUGGCGAAGCCAGCAAAUUCAAAUAUGCAAAGCACAGGAUUGAUUCGCUUGACCCUGAAAACUGUACAUAUAGCUUUAGUGUGAUUGAAGGUGAUGCUUUGACUGACAUGGAAAGUGUUUCUACUGAGAUCAAGUGUGUGGCAAGCCCUGAUGGAGGAUCCAUCAUGAAGAGCACCACCAAGUACCAGCCAAAGGGUGACUUUCAGCUCAAGGAGGAACAUAUCCAGGCUGCUAUAGAAAAGGCCACUGGACUUUUCAAGGCUGUUGAGGCCUACCUCGUGGCACACCCUGAUCUCUACAAGUAAACCUUGUGUUUAUAUUGGUGUGUCCCAUUGGCAGUUCAGGUUGCGGCUUUUUCUUUUUCUAUUUUUGUCAAGUCAAAAUUUGUUCUUUGGUUUGCUAAUAAAGAAGUUUGUGGUUGUCAUUAUCUGCUACCUUGUGAAGUUCAAGUUGAAAAUUUUGGAAGUGAAUAAUGUGUGAUUUUUUCAAUAAAUAUAUAUAAUGAGAAUGAAUCAUUGUAUUGCUUACAAA